CACUCUGUUCCGUGCACAAAAACGCAGCUUCGAAAAUCGUAGGAGUCGCCGCCGAGAAUGGCCGGGAAACCUGGAACGAACCCGACGACUUACUCGCCGUCAAUGGCGACGGGUAAAACCCGUACGCCCAUCUUCAAAGACCACGACGUUGAUUGGGUCCGACCGGAUGGUCGCGGCUUCCACCAGUGCCGGCCCGCCUUUUUUAGGACUGGUGCUGUUAAUUCUGCUUCAGGAUCUGCUUAUGCGGAGUUUGGAAAUACUAAGGUCAUUGUGUCUGUAUUUGGGCCAAGAGAAAGUAAGAAGGCAAUGAUGUACAGCGAUAUUGGGCGGCUAAAUUGUAAUGUCAGCUAUACAACUUUUGCCACCCCAGUCCGUGGACAGGGAUCAGACUACAAAGAGUUUUCCUCAAUGCUUCAUAAAGCUUUGGAGGGUGCAAUAAUUUUGGAAACUUUCCCCAAGACUACUGUAGAUGUUUUUGCGUUGGUGCUGGAAUCUGGUGGCAGUGAUCUUCAUGUUGUCAUAUCAUGUGCCAGUCUUGCCCUAGCAGAUGCCGGGAUUUUGAUGUAUGACCUUGUUGCCUCAGUUUCUUUGUCUUCUCUUGGUAAGAACCUCGUCAUUGAUCCCGUUUUGGAAGAGGAAAGCUACCAAGACGGAAGCUUAACGAUUACAUGUAUGCCUUCUCGAUAUGAGGUCACUCAGCUUUCUAUUACAGGGGAGUGGUCAACCCCAAAAAUUAACGAGGGGAUGCAGCUAUGCCUGGACGCCUGCUCAAAGCUUGCAAAGAUCAUGAGGUCUUGUUUGAAAGAAGCCACUUCCACUUCACAGGAGUAGGGAAGAAACUUCUUUUCAAUUUUUUUUUUUUUUUUUUUUUAAUAUACAUGUCAAUGUCUUAGCUUUCCCUACCCCCACCCAUCCCACCAAAACGGAAGAAGAAAAGAAAGACUUACACAGAUUUUGUGAACACAAUCUGAAUUUUGGUUCUUGUACUGUUGUACAUCACCGAUUCUUCUGAAUUUUGAGUCAGCAUUGCAGUGCAUUUGAAGUUGUAAUA